ACUGACAAUUGGAUAACGGAUACAUUUAAGUGUUAUCUGAUUGCCUUACCAUUAUACUUAGUAGUCGAAGCGCCAUUCAAUAAAAUUAUUAAACGAUGGAUUAGACUAGGAGAUCAGUAUGUCGAUCGCGAUUGCCGUCGGAUUGCUCGCGAUAUUUUUGGCCGCCGGAUCAUCCGAUGGGCAAGUCCAACCCGAAGUGGUUGUCGCUGAUGAUCUGCCAGAAGCGUGGAUAUCCAAGCUUUUUUAUCAGGCCCUCGCCAACUUCACCGUUCGGGACGUCGGAAGUUCCGCUUGUCGGAUCCAAUCUAACUUGUACGAUAGACAUUUGCGAAAUCACACAAGUUGGGCGGUCAGAAUGGCAGAAUCCUGGGACCGAUAUCCGAUUGGAAUAUUAGCAGGCAACACAUACCACAUGGGAAUUUACGACGAAUGCGUGGACGUACGUUAUCCAGUAAUUGGACAAUAUUGCUUAUCUGAAAUAAAAUUAAUCCCUCCGACAGACAGAGAUUACAAUUUCAACAGAACGGAAGAUCUGGACGAUUUCGGGAACAAAAAUGCGUGGAAAACAGUACUCGGAUGGGGCAAUUAUCCUGAUCAAGUGCAAAGAAACAUUUUGAAUUUAGGAAUAUGUAUUCCAAAUUCUUGUUCAGCAUCAGAUCUACAAACGACGUUGCAAAAUACACUGGACACGGUAUUCAAACCAAAGAACUUCAAGGCCAUCGUAAGAGUAGAUCCGAUAAUGUGCACUGUCAAAGGAGACAUGUAUCCCUACGACACACCUUUCUACUUGACCAGCGCUAUACUUUUACUGAUCUUUUUGAUUUGUUGCGGCACAACGUUUUAUCAUUGUAUAAAAAUAUUAUACUGUAAUGAUUCAAAAGAAACUACGAGUAGUGAAGGUUUAAAUUCAUUUUGCAAAAUAUUUUCUUUUAUUGAGUCGACCAGAACAUGGUUUAAAUUCGACAAAGACAACGAACUGAAUGUAAUGUAUGGUUUGAAAGUUUUAACGAUGUUGGCCGUUUUAUUGGGGCACAGAUUAUUUUACUUAUUAGGUAAUCCUAUGAGUAACCCUAAACUCAUCGAAAGUAUAUAUCUCAACGGGCCUAAUAUUAUAUUGACUAGUACGAACCUGGUUGACCCGUUUUUUUUCAUGAGUGGUUUACUAAUGCAACUGAAUCUUUAUAAGUCAUAUCAAAAUAUAAAAGCUGGAUCGAUUUUGAAAAAAACCGCAUCGCAAGUUAUCCACCGAGUGAUCAAAAUGUUACCGGCGUACUGUGUGAUGAUGGCAAUCACGGCGCAUAUCGUACCCCACCUCGGAGAUGGACCGCUGUGGCCACAGAAAACAUGGAACGAAGCAGAAAUUUGCAAAAAUUAUUGGUGGACCAAUUUGUUGUUCAUAAGCAAUUUAAUCGAUAUUAAAUAUGAAUGCCUCAUAGUAAGCUGGUACGUCUCAUGCGAUAUUCAGUUUUUUAUAAUUGGAGUCAUAAUCGUUUACGUUUACAUGAAGAAUAAAAAUUACGGGAUUGGAUUACUCAGUAUAGUAUUGGGUUUAUCUGUAUCCAUACCGUUUCUAGUAACGAUUCUAUCAGAAAUAGACGGAAUAGACAAAAUGCAGCUUCCAUUUUUGGAAAACCUAAGGAUUUUCAUAUCUUUAAAUGAAUCGUAUAGAUUGAGUUACAUGCGAGCAACGCCUUUUUUCUGUGGUUUAGCCGCGGGAUUUAUCGUGGAAAAAUUGAAAAAAAAUAAAUUUAAAUUUUCACAAAUGACUGUAUACUACGGAACAUUCAUGGUUUUCAUAAUUUGUAUUUGUAUUCAACUGUACGGUGCCAGAUUCUACUCUCGAGAGGUAUUUUAUUAUCCAUUGGAACAUGCUUUGUACUCAAUUGUUAGUCAUUGCACGUGGGCGAUACCAAGUAUGUGGAUUGCCGCUUGCUACUUUACGUCUGGAUAUGGUCCUCUUACAAUGUUAUUUAACAACAAACUUGCUGUGAUUUUGGGAAAACUCUCGUACUCCGUUUUUUUGGUAAAUCUCACUGUGAUGAUGAUGUCACAAAGUUCACAAAGAUUGCCCGUUUACCUUUCGGCAAAAUCAGUGAUUGAUGCUUGGAUAUAUGAUACAGUAAAGAGUUAUAUGAUGGGCUUGGUGUUAUACUUGGUUGUUGAAGUUCCGUUUGCUAAAUUAGUUAAACCAUGGAUUUAACAAGGAUAAACAAUAUUAUCGUUUUAUUCUGUUUAAAUAAAUUAGUUAUUAGUAGAUUUAGAAGAGAUGGAAUAAUUACAAUCGCAGUUACAAAUGGAGCACUAAUUCAAAAUCUUAUCAUAAGCACUGAGUGUUUGUAGAAAAAAUAUACAUUUAAUUUAUAACAACUGCAGACAAGUUUAUUAAAAAAAACUGCAUAGGUAUUUACAACAUUUUUAAGUUGGUCAAUCAAUUAUUUGUAUAAUUUGUAUAGUUUGUAUAAUUUAAUUUAUUUUAAUAUAUUUAAUUUUUCUAUAGUUGA